AUGGAGUACUGGCACUAUGUGGAAACAACGUCUUCGGGCCAACCUCUACUUCGAGAAAACGAAACAGAUAUUUUUAUCGACCAGUCUGUAGGCCUUUACCAUGGCAAGUCAAAGAUCUUGCAGAGACAGCGGGGCAGAGUUUUCUUAACGUCACAAAGAAUCAUAUACAUCGAUGAUUCUAAGCCCACUCAAAAUUCGCUAGGCUUGGAGUUGGACGACCUCGCGCAUGUUGAUUAUUCGUCUGGCUUUUUGACCAGAUCGCCUCGUUUGAUUUUGUUCUUCAAGGACUCCUCCAGUAAAGACGCCCUGGAGAAACGCGCGGAUGCAAUGUGUAGCAAUGUCGUUUCCACGUGGGUCUGCCCCAUUUGUAUGGUCUCGAACGAAACACGGGGGGAAUUUGCUAAGGACACUCUACCUUUACCCAUUUGUGUCAAUUGUGGCGUGCCAGCAGAUUACGAACUAACCAGGUCUUCAAUAAACUCUUCCAAUACAACAAACACAACGUCCAGUGAUCAAUCUGGGUCGGACUCUGACAAAAAUGUUUGUUCCGCUUGCACUUUUGUUAAUCAUCCUCAAAUAGGUAAUUGCGAAAUUUGCGGCCACAGGCUACCUAACGCAUCCAAGGUACGAUCGAAAUUGAACAAAUUGAGAAGCUUUCAUGAUUCUAGGAUCCAUAUCGAGUUAGAAAAACACUCACUGAGUAAAAGUAAAAGCUCACAUUCGGCAUCGUCAGCUGCGCCGUCGUCGUCGUCAUCAACAGCAACACCUACAGAAUUCGUACAGUUAAGCUUCCGUAAGUCCGAUGGUGUUUUGUUCUCGCAAGCCACUGAAAAGGCUUUGGAAGGCAUACUUCAUGAAAAAAAUAAGCACAUCUUUAAUCAAAACGUAGUGUCUGUUAAUGGUAUAGAUGUGACGGAGACGGCCAACGGCCACGAUCGUGAUAAUGAUGUUCUAUUUGUAGAGACUAAGCUGAGUAGGAUCGGCAUAGCGAGUCUGGAAAAGUCCAGAGAAAACCAGCUCUUGAAUAACGAUAUUCUUUUCAACAACGCAUUGACCGAUCUGAAUAAACUGAUGUCAUUGGCCACCAGCAUCGAAAGAUUAUACAAAAACAGCAACAUAGCGAUGAAAAAGACGACAACAAACUUCCAGGACGAAUCAACGGUUAAUGAACCGAAAGCCAAAAGACCGCUAUUGAUUCUUGAUAGAGACAAAUUCCUGAAUAAAGAGUUGUUCUUGGAUGAAAUCGCGAGGGAAAUUUACGAGUUCACGUUAUCGGAGUUUAAAGACUCAAACAACGACAACAACAAUACGAACUACAUGAUUGUAACCUUGGUAGAUCUAUAUGCAAUGUACAAUAAAUCCAUGCGUAUAGGUACUGGCCUUAUAUCCCCCAUGGAAAUGAAGGAAGCUUGCGAGCGGUUUGAACAUCUAGGUUUAAACGAAUUGAGAUUAGUAAAAGUUAACAAAAGAAUUCUGUGCCUGACAAGCGAAAAGUUCGACGUCGUCAAGGAAAAACUAGUGGAUUUGAUAAAUGAAAACCCUGGUUCUGAUCUUUUAAAAUUAACACAAAUCUUGAGUUCUAAUAAUUCACAGUCAAACUGGACUUUGGGUAUCCUUAUGGAAGUCUUACAAAGUUGUGUUGACGAGGGUGACCUACUGAUAGACAAACAAUUGAGUGGCAUUUACUAUUAUAAAAACUCUUAUUGGCCCCCUCACACUCAAAUAAUGAACGCAUAA